CAAUGCCCAACAAAUCCCAACAAACAACGAGGGAGAAACGAAGAACAUCUAUAAAACGUUGUCAGGUUCUCUUUUACUUCCCCAUGUGCUCGCCGUGCUCGCCGAGUUGAUUUUGCUCUUUCAGAUCUCUCUCUCCCCCCCCACUCUCUUUCUCUCACUCUCAAUGGCGUCUCUUACAGGAACUUCGAUUUCCAUGACCUCGUUCAAGGCGAGCCUGGCACCAGGCAGCAGGAUCUCUAAUUUGAAAUCAGUUUCCCUUCCUGUUAACAGGAAAAGCUUCACACCUCUUAGGUUGCGGCAAUCACGAUUUCGUGUUUCUUGUGCGGCCAAACCAGAGACAGUGGAGAAGGUGUGCGAAAUAGUGAAGAAGCAGCUAGCUUUACCUGAUGGUUCUGCAGUCAAUGGAGAGUCAAAGUUUUCUGCCCUUGGAGCUGAUUCUCUCGACACGGUUGAGAUCGUGAUGGGACUCGAGGAGGAGUUUGGGAUCAGUGUGGAAGAAGAAAGUGCCCAGAGCAUUGCGACGGUUCAAGAUGCAGCAGAUCUGAUCGAGAAGCUCAUUGAGAAUAAGGGCGCUUAAAAUAGUUUGCUAGAAUGGCAGACAUUUUUCUUCAUUAGCCUUUGCUAGAGUGUUCUAUUUUUCAUUCAGAUCUUACUACUUUCAGUUUGUUUGUUUUGUUUGUUUCUCAAAGAACUCGUGGCGUUCGUUCUUAGUGAACUCACCUGGGACUUUUUAUGUUCCUACCUUUUCUCAAUCUAUCCGGAACUUGUAUUUGCCUCUUUUUCUUGGGUGAACCAAAAACUGGUCGACAUAAUGGGGAUUCUCUUAUCUUCAUCAAA